UAGGUCGGAAGGCACAACCUUCCUCAAAUAUAAAAUUCCAACUCGUGGCCUUCUUGGUCUGCGAAAUGCAAUUUUAACAGCUUCUCGUGGCACUGCAAUUCUCAACACAAUAUUUGAUAGCUAUGGACCUUGGGCUGGUGAUAUGAGUACCCGGGAUCUAGGCUCACUGGUUGCCUUUGAGGGUGGAACGAGUACUUCUUAUGCCAUUUCUAGUUCACAGGAGAGGGGGCAGUUGUUUAUUGGUCCUGGCGUGGAAGUUUAUAAAGGUCAGAUAGUUGGCAUCCAUCAGCGGCCUGGGGACUUAUCCCUUAAUGUGUGUAAGAAGAAGGCUGCAACAAACAUCCGUUCCAACAAAGAUGUAACAGUGAUUCUUGAUACCCCAUUGGACUACAGUCUGGAUGACUGCAUUGAGUAUAUUCAAGAGGAUGAACUGGUGGAGGUUACUCCUUCGAGUAUCCGAAUGUGCAAAAACCCAAAGUUCUCAAAGAAAUCAAACAGGUAGUUUUGUAAAUAUAUACCAUGUGGGCUGAUGAGUAUUUGUGAAACUCAUCACGUAUUUGUUGAGUCACUUGAGAAAUCAACGAUAGAAAGUCACGUUGUUAGACAUCAACACAGAGUAAGUCAAGUUUUGCAAUAUUGGUUGUAUAUAUAAAAGAACAAGACUCAGCAUUGAAGUACUAGAAGAUGUUCACUGAUGAUGUGAAGACAAGUGGGUUGACGAAGAUUUUUUUAUGUUGAGUUGUAAUGAAGACUACAAGUAUCAAACAUUUAAUUGGCCGAAAGACGAUAGGUUUUGUUUUACCAAGUAACUGUAUCUGCUAUUUUAAGCUAAUGGAAAAAUAAUUUUUAGCAAGUGAUGCAA